UGCAGGUAAGAGACAGUAAUUCUCUUCGAGAGGCUUCUGUUCAGAGCUCAUUUUUCCCUCCUCCAGUCUCCUCUGCUGCCUGCCAGCUGCGCUUCUCUCUGUAUAUGUAUGGGGAUUUUAAUGGUUCACUGCUGGUGGCUAUAGAGGAGAACAGGACCAGCACUGCACCGCUGGUCUGGGAGAGAAAUGGUCAGCAGGCAGACGACUGGGAAGAUAUUGCCCUGCAGUUGACUGGCCUCCAUCAUGGGUUCCAUGUGAAGGUGACAGCUGUGUGGGGACAAGACUCCAAUGCUGAUGUUGCUAUCGAUGACAUUGCAAUUGGAGCGACCUGCUUCAGUACAGAUAUCAACUCUCUGCUGCCCAUGAUCGGCCUGGAGGAUAUCUUCAGCCCCUUACCGGAGCCCUCAGCCUCAGAGGUUUCUCUGAUGACGUGGUGGUUUAACUCAUGCGGUGCCAGUGGUCCUCAGGGCCCGACCCAGGCCCAGUGCGACAGCACCUACAGGAACAAAAAUGUCAGUGUCACCGUGGGGAAGGAAGGACCGCUAAGAGGAGUCCAAAUGUGGAGAGUACCUGCUACCAACAGAUAUCUGAUCUCCGCCUACGGUGCUGCAGGAGGGAAAGGAGCCAAAAACCACAAUAAACGCAACCAUGGGGUCUUCAUUUCUGCCAUAUUUCCUCUGGAGAAAGGAGAUGUACUCUACAUCCUGGUGGGCCACCAGGGAGAGGACGCGUGCCCGGGGAGGAACCCUCAGACUCAGAAGAUCUGCCUGGGCGAGUGGUCGGUGAUUGAAGACGACCUCAGGGGAGAGGCUGGCGCUGAGUGGGCUGGAGGGGGAGGGGGAGGAGGCGGAGCUACCUACAUCUUCAAGAUCGAGAGUGGCGAGCUCAUUCCCUUGCUGAUUGCAGCCGGUGGAGGAGGAAACGCUUACCUGGAGGACCCGGAGUCCAGUUUGGACCAGAUACCACUGGAGCAGUAUGAAAACAGCACUAUACGACCCAGCAGCAAUGGACGAACUGGUGCUGCAGGUGGAGGUGGAGGCUGGAAAGACGAUCCCAGUCCUCAAGUGAGAGCUGGAAAGUCUCUGGCGGAGGGCGCUGAGGGGGGGUCAUCGUGUCCACUUGCUCUGUCCAAGCUCAGCUGGUCCACCUUUGGGGGGUUUGGAGGUGGAGGUGGAGCCUGCACAGCUGGAGGUGGUGGAGGAGGGUACAGAGGAGGUGACGCAGCGCUGACAGAUGAGAUCACAUCCGACGGUCAGAACGGCGUCUCGUUCAUUCAUCCAAUGGGAGAGAUCUUCCUGCAGCCUCUGGCAGCGAUGGAGAGUCAUGGCGAGUGUGAGAUCAAGGUGCAGCUGAACUGCAGCCACUGUCAGACGCAGAGUUGCAAACGUGAUGAAGACACUCAUCUCAUCCUCUGCCUCUGCGAUGAAGAUGAGGUCCUGGCCAGCGACAAUGUUACGUGUAUCGGUACUGUAGCAGCUCCUCAGGGUCCAGCUCCGCAGGGCCAGAUGUCGACGCUGCUGAUCCUGGCGGUCGUGGUCUCCACCAUCGCAAGUGGCAUCGCGCUGAUCUGCGCCAGCGUCAUCCUCAUGUGGUACCGCAGAAAGAACGACCUGCAUGCAGUGAGGGGGCGUCUGCAGAGUCCAGAGUACAAGCUGAGCAAGAUUCGCUCGUCCACCAUCAUGACGGACUACAACCCCAACUACUGUUUUGCGGGGAAGGCUGCGUCACUCAGUGAACUGAAGGAAGUGCCCCGCAAAAACAUCACGCUGCUCAGAGCUCUCGGCCAUGGUGCAUUUGGUGAAGUCUAUGAAGGACAAGUUCUGGGGAUGAGCGGUGACAACAGUCCCAUGCAGGUGGCCAUAAAGACUCUUCCAGAAAUCUGCUCUGAACAAGAUGAAAUGGAUUUCCUGAUGGAGGCACUGAUAAUGAGCAAGUUCAGCCAUGAGAACAUUGUGCGCUGCAUUGGCGUCAGUCUCAACAUCUUGCCUCGCUUCAUCCUGCUGGAACUGAUGACUGGAGGAGACAUGAAGAGUUUUCUGAGACAGAACAGGCCACGAGCUGGCCAGACAUCUUCUCUCACCAUGCGGGAGCUGCUGCGGAUCGCCAGAGACAUCGCCUGUGGCUGUCGCUACCUGGAGGAGAACCACUUUAUUCACAGAGACAUUGCUGCCAGAAACUGCCUGCUUACGUGCCCUGGACCAGACCGUGUGGCUAAAAUUGGAGACUUUGGCAUGGCACGGGAUAUUUACAGAGCCAGCUAUUACAGGAAAGGGGGUCGCGCCAUGCUGCCAGUUAAAUGGAUGCCACCAGAGGCCUUUAUGGAGGGAAUCUUCACCUGCAAGACAGAUACAUGGUCAUUUGGAGUGCUGCUGUGGGAGAUCCUAUCCCUGGGCUAUAUGCCCUAUCCUUGUAAAACCAACCAGGAGGUGCUAGAGUUUGUCACCAGCGGAGGGAGAAUGGAUCCUCCCAAAGGCUGCCCAGGGCCUGUCUAUCGGAUCAUGACCCAGUGUUGGCAGCACUGUCCCGAGCACCGACCAAACUUCUCAACUAUCCUCGAGAGAAUUAACUACUGCACUCAGGACCCAGAUGUGAUCAACACACCCCUUCCAGUGGAAUAUGGCCCCAACACAGACGAUGAUGGCAGCGCAGUAAUCCGUCCCUCUGACCACACCUCCAGCAGCCUCACACCACUCCUUGUAACCCACCCUGUUACCCAAGAUACCCCCUCCCAGCUGGGGCUCUCCUCUCUGGGCCUAGGCUCUACUCCCCUUCCUCCACAACCCACCAAACCUCGUCUACUCCUCCAGAGAAUCCAACCUGUCCACCAGGAGGUGACAUCAUACCGCGAGGCGCUGCAGCCGUCCUGGGCUGAGCCUGUUCCUGCCCCUGGUUUGUCAACAGCAGCAGCAGGAAGCCACUGGCUCCACCCUGAGCCUCUGCACCACCGACCCUGUUCCAGGAAUAGCUCCUCUUCAGGGAGCCAGAGGCUGAAGAACAAGACCAAGAACCUGUGGAACCCCACAUACAGCUCCUGGGUUUUGGAAAACUUAAGAGCGAAGAAAACACUGGCUCAUACUCAGUCCAUGCCACUCUCCAGCUCCACGUCCACCAACACCUCCUGCAUCCCAGCUUUAGAGAGCAACGAGGCUGGGAGUGACAGCACUAGCAGCUCCCACCUCAGCCCUUCCAGCCUCUGCACUUCCUCAACUCAAUCCCCUUCUUGCCAGCCCCAAGUUGCCCAGAGUACAUCCUCACAUAAGACCUCAGCAGGUGGGACCACGAAAGCUGGCAUGGACCUGGCUAAGCUCCAGAGUUUCCCCUGUGGUAAUGUCAACUAUGCCUAUGACGAGCAAAGCUAUGAGGCAGAAAGUCUGCCCCUGGUUAUACCCAAAGGUUCAGAAGCUAUCACAAACACCAGCUCUGCCCCAAGUGUCUCCUCGGGGACCAGCCUGGGACUGACGUUAAGCCUCCAUACCCCUUCCUCUUGUGUGCCCAAACUACUGCUGAAGCGUCACGCCAGCUAUGGCCACGAGGACGUGAGGAGACACGCCAAAGCUGAGAAACCCACUCGUGACAGAGACUCAGGUUUUUCUCUGUCCGAAGACCUCAGCGUUACCCCAAUCUGAGAAACGGCUCACGGUAACAGGGAUCUGGAUUUGUAUUAAGCUAAAAUUUCACCAGGAGCCCCCUCUCUCACACACUAAAGGAAAAGCUCUGGAUUUCUGGAACAGAAAGCAUGACCACGAGGACUCGGCCACAGACACCACAGCAAAUCAUCAGAGCUCCUGGAAUGCUGGAAAACACACUCGAACCCUUACACACACACAAACACUCAUCUGCACUGUGAUACUAAGAGCCAGUGCCUGACAUUUUUCCUUGGCCUCUGAUACAUUGGUAGCUGAACACUGAAGCUCAAACACUGGAUGACAUACAGACCUGCACUUUCUCAACAUUGCUGGUGUAGACUGUUGUAGUCAGACUCUUAUGUUUUUAUUUGCUAUAUUCUUCAUCACAACAGCUUUGGCAGCAAUAUGUGUUACAGUAUUGUGAACAAUUUGUCGUAUUCAAAUGUACAGGAACAAAAACAAGCCAAAAAACACAUUCGCCAUUUGGGAGAGGAUCAUUUUCAUCUCACCAGAUCAAAUUAGACAUAGCUUUUGUAGAAUAGGAGUAUGGAGUUACGAUUUUGUUUCAUUUUCAUUCAUACGUACAGGAAGUUGCAGUGCUAGUAACGAUUAUCUGAUUUGCUUUCAUCCCAAAUAAUGUGAAGACAGAUGAUCCCAAAACUACUGCAAUAACAUAUUUCCUGAAAUUGUCAAUUUUUUCGACGAACUUGUGCCUCGAGAUGAAUUCCUGAUCUUUGAAAACAAAGCUGUCGACACGAUGUCCACUUCCUAUUAAAUUGAGGUUGCUCAGUUUCCAUGGAGAUGGUUAUGUUUGUUUUUACAUUGUCCAAGAAUGGAAUUUUAGUAAUUAGUGAUUAUAGAUGUUCGUGGAAGGAGAUUGUUGACCUAAAUGGCCUCAUUUAUCUCUCUCUGACUACUUUGUUGAACGUUUUAAUGCCUUCCUUUUCGAUGCUGUGAGUGAUGCUAGCUUGGCCCUCACAGCAUGCUGUCAUUGCCUGUUUCCCUCUUUCAUGAAGUCUCAUGGGUCGUGUUGGUGAGAGGAAUGUGUCAGUACUGUAAAUAUGAAGUUACAACCAGCAGCCACUUUGCUAAGCUAGUGACUGGAAACAAGGGGAACUGGAUAAAAAAUACCUACCAGCAACUUUUUAAGACACAUUAAUUUGCGCGUUACACAUUUGAUUCAAUCUGUACGAAAAAAACAACAUUUAACCGAGUAGGGUGUUUUGAUUUGUUACAAAGUUUAUUGGCAAGCUUUACAGGCUAGCAGGCCAGGCUAGUGGUUUCCCCCUGUUUUUUUUCUUUGUGCUAAGCUAAGCUAACUGAAUGCUUGCUAUAGGGGAAGCAGUUAACAAGGGGAAACAAAUGUAACCAGUUGUUAAAUACCUACUAGCACCUUUUUAGGACAUAUUAUUUGUGACGUUAUACUUUUUUUUCAUUCUAUUCAAAAACUAAGUUAAAAACAAGUUGAGCGUCUCAAUCUGUCGGUUUGAAACAAACAUGGUGUCACAUGUUAACUUAUAAGUUUUACAGGUUAGCAGGCAUUGCUAGCUGUUUCCAUGUGGAGUGAUCUUUUGAGGGCAGUGAAUGGUUUGUGGUAAAGUGCCCAUGAUCUUUUUUUUCUCCAAAACUACAUCGAUCUUUAUUAGAGUUUGAUUUUGAUUGGAUUUUUGUCCUUGUAUUGACGUUUCAUAAAUGUACAAACAUAUAGAAUUUGAUGAUGACCAUGCAGCUGUGAAAAUAUCGCCAUAGCUAUUUCUGUACUCACUUCCUUACACUGGACUAACCUGUUGCAUUUGUAGCCAUUUAGUCGUUGAUUUGACAUUUGUACUCAUUUAUUGUUUGUGAUGAAGCUGUACCCGUAGUUAUUCACUGCCAUUCUAUAAACAACACUGUAACUGCUGGUGCCGUUGUUUUACCCAGCAGGGGGAGGUGUUCAGUUCUGAAAUACCAAACAUGCUGCUGCAGGUAUCUCAGUCUCUGUUCUGUAUUUAUUUUUUCAGGUUAUUCUUAUUUAAUCGAUUUAUUAAGUUGUAUUCUAGUAUGUGUCUUUGUUUUGAGCUUAAACAUGUUGAUAGUUUAUUUUUUACCACGUUGAAUGAACAUUUACAGUAUAUAAGGGUUUCAUUAGCUUAUAGUUGUCUUAUGUUUGGGCUUGCUGGUAUUAGUGAAUUGUUAUCUCAGUUGCAAUCCACUUUAAAAAAAACGUAUUCUGAAAAUGUCACUUACAUGGCUUGCAUCGAUUUUUUAACCCAAUUUUUGGUUUAUUAUUUAGUAAGAGAUUUCUGCAACAACAACAAAUAUUGAUAUCAGUGGAAUUUAUUUUACAAACACCUCUUGCACAGUGUUUAUUUUUAAGGCCUGGUGAAGUUUUUGUCUUUAUUCUUUAAGUAGCCCGAGGGUGUUAAAUCUCAACCAAUAGUGCAAAGACAUUCUAUGCAAUAUAUGGUCUUUCAAACUUUAAUCUUUUACCUUAAUGUGCCCCAAAUAAAUCAUCAUAUUUAUCUCAUCCAUGUAAGUUUCAUUAUUUACACAAAAUGUUGUCCUCAUUACAGUUACAGGUGCACACUCAG